UCGGCGCUUCCUCCUUCGCCUGAGUCGGGCGUGCGGGAGGCUCCUCAGGCGGCCUCUUCGUCCGUCUCCUGUCCUCAAUGGCUGCCCGCGGCGGCGGCUUCUCCCUCACGCCGCCCCCCUCGGGGGUCCCGCCGCCCGCCGCCCUCCUCCCCGGGGUGGCCGCCGCAGCCUCCUCUCUGCCUCCCGGGCCGGGCGGCGGGCUGUUGCGGGGGCUCAGCCCGGCCGGGGCCGCCCCGUACCGGCCCAUGGUGCCCGCCGCGCAGUUCCAGCGUCCUGGCAUGUUGCCUGGUGGCCGAAUGCCCAUGGCUGGGAUGUUGCUGGGGUCUGCCUCUGGACCUCCUUAUGGAACAGCUUCUCCAAUGAGACCUGGAAUGCCACAGUCCAUGAUGGAUCCCUUCCGGAAGCGCCUUCUUCCACCGCAGGCCCAGCUGCCCCCGAUGCUAUCCCAAAGGCGAGGGCUGAAACGGAGGAAGAUGGCAGACAAGGUCCUACCACAGCGGAUUCGUGAGCUUGUCCCAGAGUCACAGGCCUAUAUGGAUUUGCUGGCCUUUGAACGCAAGCUGGACCAAACUAUCGCCCGCAAAAGGAUGGAAAUCCAGGAGGCAAUCAAGAAACCUUUGACGCAAAAGCGAAAGCUGCGCAUUUACAUCUCCAAUACCUUUACUCCUGGCAAGGAGGACUCUGAAGGUGGUGAACGGAUCGCCUCGUGGGAACUUCGUGUGGAGGGCAAACUCUUAGAUGAUCCAAGUAAGCAGAAGAGAAAAUUCUCCUCCUUUUUCAAAAGCCUGGUGAUCGAGCUGGACAAAGAACUGUAUGGACCAGACAACCACCUGGUGGAGUGGCACCGGAUGGCCACGACUCAAGAGACAGAUGGCUUUCAGGUCAAGCGCCCGGGUGACGUCAAUGUGAAAUGCACUCUGCUGCUCAUGCUGGACCACCAGCCCCCCCAGUACAAGCUGGACCCCCGUCUGGCUCGCCUGCUGGGCGUUCACACCCAGACUCGUGCCAGCAUCAUGCAGGCCCUCUGGCUCUACAUCAAACAUAACAAGCUUCAGGACAGCCACGAGAAGGAAUACAUCAACUGCAACCGCUACUUCCGCCAGAUCUUCAACUGCAUCCGCAUGCGAUUUUCUGAGAUCCCUAUGAAGCUGGCGGGGCUGCUGCAACACCCAGAUCCCAUUGUCAUCAACCAUGUCAUCAGUGUGGAUCCCAAUGAUCAGAAGAAAACUGCUUGCUAUGACAUUGAUGUGGAAGUGGAUGAUCCCUUGAAGGCCCAGAUGAGCAACUUCUUGGCCUCCACCACCAACCAGCAGGAAAUUGCCUCCUUGGAUUCCAAGAUUCAUGAAACCAUUGAGUCCAUCAACCAGCUGAAGACACAGCGAGAUUUCAUGCUGAGUUUCAGCAACAGCCCCCAGGAUUUUAUCCAGGAAUGGAUCAGAUCUCAACAGAGGGACUUGAAGAUUAUUACAGAAGUGGUUGGGAACCCUGAAGAGGAGAGACGCGCUGAGUUCUACCAGCAACCCUGGAUGCAGGAGGCUGUUGGGAGACACAUAUUUGCCAAGGUUCAGCAGCGCAGACAAGAACUGGAACAAGUGCUCGGUGUCCGUCUUACUUAGUGCUCUCGCCUCCAACUCUCCUGCACUUGUGGUACUUCGAAUGGGACAGAUGCUUAUCUGGAAUCUUCUGUCCCAACUGGGACUUGGAGGAACUCUGCUAGCUGCCUGUUGCUCUUUGAGCCUUUUUUUAAAAAGGGAGGUUGAAGGGUGGAUUACUCACUAACCUUCUGGAAAUAUAUAAGGCGUAAAGCCUCUUUUUUACAGAAGGCAGCGAGCUCCCCUCUCACCUGACCCCUGCCCUCCCUCUGUGCUUUGUCUCUGGGACACUAGGAAUUUUUGUUUGUUACCUUCUACCUCUUAGCUAAGUCUCAGCAGCCUCCCUUGUAUCAGAGGUGGGCUGUUGCUGCUGCUCACCUUUAACCAAAGCUUUGUCCAUUCCAAACAGCCAGCCUGGCUGGCAUUUAGUCUUUGCACUAUCUCUCUUUUGGGGGAGCAGGUUUUCUCUUAUUAUAAUUUUGCGGGGGGUUUUUUGUACAGAGGAAGAGUUAUCAAAUGUGCUGUGUUUUGUCCCCUCCAGUUUAAGACAUCUGGUGUUGUGCGGAAGGGGUUUGCUCAGGCCUUUGCGUUCCUGUUUUGACAAUCAGUUGCUGUUCCUUGGGGCUCCGAUGUGUUUGAGUUGUUUUAGAAGGUGGGUGGGGGGGAAUCAGGUUUUUCUCUGCAGCCUCACUUAGCACUGCAGGAAACAUGCAAGGAGAGACAGGGGUGACAGCCUUCUUGGUCUUCUCAAGUGCCUUUGCUCCUCACCCCUCAGCACUUAACCUGGAAGAUGCUGUUUGUGGUCCUCACCUUGAGAUGUACAGCUGGCCAAGUGGGCAUGGGUGGAAUGUUCUCGUUACGAGUGAAAAUGUUUUGAUCAAUUUCUAUGUUGAAUGUUUUCUAAUAAAAAAAACCACUCUCAAUCAACA